AUGUCGAAUCCCCUUCCAGCGACGUCACAUCCGCCAAGCGCACACGGGAGUGCGGCCGUUCACCUGCGACCAGUGCGCAAAAGGACGACACGAUCCUCACCUCGCGGCAAAAAGUCGGUCACCACCACACCCGAAACGCUAGCCCUUUCCCUGGGAAGGAUCGACUCUCCGAUUAAAAAAUCGUACCCAUCAUCAAGCGACAAUGAGAAACCAGAACUAGGCGACAAGGAUUAUGUCCCAAAAACCGAAAAUGAAGUUCCCGUCAAACCCUCCUCCGUCGAGGGAGUCAAACUUAUUCCUUGUCUCGAGCCGUCCUGCACCCCCACAUUUCGCACCCCUCUGUACACUGAGUUGGUCCGAGAACAGUGUAAAAUUUGCAAAAACAAGUUCCACGGGAAACUUGCGCUUGGCGCUCACAUGGUGAUUCGCCACGAAGACGGGGAGAAGAAAUUGUCCUGCGUCAAAUGCGGGAAGAAAUUCUGCCUCGAGGAAAACUUGGCGAGACAUUUGAAACUGCAUGAAGUCGAGGGGGUCAAACCGCUCGUUUGUAACGUGUGCGAUGACCGAUUUGAGAACGAGGAGAAACUACAGCGUCACGUGGAAAUACACGGCCCCAAGUUUCAAUGCCAAUAUUGCGAAAGGAAAUUCCACCAUAAGCUAGCGUUGCAAAGCCAUGAGCGUUCCCACACUGGUGAAAAACCGGAGAAAUGUUCCCUCUGUGAAGCCGCUUUUGCCAAGAAGAUGACCCUCCAGCGUCACAUGAUCCGAGAUCAUUCCUCCACCAUCUCAACGGCGCAGAAUACUUGUCUCAUUUGUGGAAAAAGGUUCCAUCUUCGGUGCGACCUUAAUCUUCACCUGGACCAGCACGAGGGCAGAUAUCAAGUCAAAUGCGACACGUGUGGCUUAAUGUUUUUAAACGCCAAGACACUACUAGCUCACGGUGACAAGAUGCACGGGAAAGAUCUCAUCAUUUGUGAUGAAUAUGGUAGAAGCUUUACAUCAACGCAAACACUACAAGAACACAAGAGGAUUCAUACAGCAGUGAAAAAGCACAAAUGUGAAACUUGUGGAGCCCGUUUUCGUCGCGCUGACGUACUCACAAAGCAUAUUCUAACCCACACCGACGAGCGACCAUACCCCUGCCCUAACUGCAAAAAAGUAUUCAAGGCGAAGGCAGACCUGCUCAGGCAUGUGAAGGUUGUCCACACCCAGGCUACGUCGCUCCCACCCCGCACAAAUGUUCCGACUGCGAUGAAGAAUGUCAAACCCCUUCCCAGCGAUGUCACAUCCGCCAAGCGCACACAGGAGUGCGGCCCUUCACCUGCGACAAGUGAGCAAAAGGAUUCGCGGUCAAGUCGGCGCUAAGGCUCGUUCCGGAGAAGAAAGAGAGGUUGCCACCAAGGUUGACAAAGGAUGCGUUUCAUGUAGAAGAGGAAAAAAGACUGAAUCUUUAUUGUAAAAUUUCGAUUUUUGACACUUUCAAAUCAGUUGCUACACAAAAAAAGAGGAAAUCAACAGGGUUUAUUUAUGAUAUUGUACGUUUUUGCACAGAAAGUCUUGCGAAAACGCAUACCUAUGUACGCAUUUAGUCUUAGUCAUUAGUCGUCAAAAUCUGUGUGGUUUUUGUACAUCAACUGCAUAUGUACAUAGUGAAAUGCGCUAAGUUUAGCAAAUCUACGGGUGCUGCUUAGACACACAUGAUUUAUACAUAUGUUUAUAGAGAGUGGAAGAGUUAAA